AUGCACUUGGUGCUUUCGUUUGCUGCCCUUCUGGGUGCUGCAGCUGCUCAAGACGUUUCUUCCACUGUCAACACACAAUGCUUCACUCGUUAUGCCCUUCAGAGCACUGCAGACAUGGAAACAGUAAAUCUGGCCACCACAGCAACUCGCACUGCGACGGUGUCUGUUACAGAGACUCCCCAGGAGACCCUUACCCCUCUCGAAGUCACUAGCUCCGUGACAACCACCCGCACUGUCUUUGAGACCACCACCUUGCCUAUCCGUACAGACGCGUACACGACUUCGAGCUAUACUCAGACGGUCACCGAGUCAUCCACUACCACUGUGCAAUCCACGACUACGGUACCCGCCCCUGCUGGAUUCACCAACCUGGCUCAGAUGGCAGGCUACGCUCAGAAGCGCAAUGCAGUUGUCCAGAGACGCGAUGCUCUUCAGUCGAGAGGCGAAAUUAAGGGUGUUCUUCCUAUCAUUCCUGCAGCCGAUCCAUCAGCUGCCGGGCUUGUCGGUCGUGCAGUGAGUACAAGCUCCAAGAAGGUAUCAUCUACCAGUUCCAAGAAAGUAUCAUCUGCAAGUUCCAAGAAAACCAGCACCACGAGCUCCAAGAAGACCAGCACCACGAGCUCCAAGAAGACCAGCACCACGAGCUCCAAGAAGCCCGUCUCAACCAGCACAUGCGUUGCCUCUGACCCCGUUAUCGCUGCCAUCAAGAACGACUUUGGCAUGCCUCUCGCUUUCUGUCAAUGGUGGAUUGGAGCUUCUUACAAAUCAUCCAGCCCGAUCACCGGUGUCACCCCUGCCGAUAUCAGCAGAGUAUGUGCUUGCAUCAAGGCGACUCCAGCUCUCAUUGGCGGGACAUCGACCAAAGCAAUGGCUACGCCAACUGGCGUCAGCAAAGUAGCAAACUUGGACGCCUUUCAAAAACUCGUAGCCCAGCCUCUUGCUUUCUGCAAAUUUUGGUUCAACGCUCCUACACGUAUGGGUAGUCCUUUCGCACCACUCCCUGCGCCUGCCGUCUCUCAAGUUUGCAAGGUCAUCACUGCUACACCGAGUCUAGUCAGCUCAGCUCAGCCGACGUCCACCAAGUUGAGCAGCUCGUCUAGUAAAGUCUCCACUAAGAGCAGCAGCUCCAGCAAGGUCUCUUCCUCCGGCAAGCUAGUGACUAGCUCGAGCUCCAAGUCCAGUUCAGGCUUUCAGUCCAGCUCGAGCAGCCAGGUUACCUCAAGCAGCAAAGCCAGCAUCAGCCAGCUUCCCACAGUGGGCCAGCACACAACUUUCACAGCGGCCACCAUCACCUCUACCGCACCUGUUCCUACCAAAAUGCUUACAUUCACGAACACUUUGACUUCGACCAUCACCGAGGUUCCAGCAGACCAGACCAAGAUCAUCACCAUCUCUACUGAUACGAUCACCGCUACUUCGACUUCGACCACCAGUACGACCGAAACUCAAACAGCAACCUUUACUGUUGCAGUCGCCUCGGCCACUUUCCUGGCACAGUGUGCACCAGCCAACAUCGUAAGCAGCGCCGUUGGUCAAAAAAUCGGCACAAUCAGCUUCAACAAGGCAUUCACCCUGCAAUCCCUCUACCUCCAAGACACCACUGGUUAUGGCUGCUGUGCACAAUGCGCUCUCAGCGAGAACUGUGCUGGAUAUGCACAGGCUCCUGUGUCGCAGGGCGGUGCUUGUUAUUACCUUACCACUGAUGGGCGCUGCGACGUCGAGCAGAGCUGGGGCGAUCGCUUCCACUACUACAACACCAAUGGCGCUGGCUACCAGGUCGGAAACGGUCAGUGUGGAUUCCUGGGCCCUCAAGCUGGUCUUCCCGCUGCAUAG